UUUCCAAUAAAGAACGUUGCCAAUGUUUUUCAAUGUUGUCAUACUAGUGGCUUUCUUCUUAGUUGAUCUUGCACCAACUUCUUGUGAAGUUGAUGGAUUCAUUUACAAUGGAUUCCAAUCAAGGAAUCUUAGCUUGGAUGGCAUAGCUGAAUUCACAUCCAAUGAUCUCUUGUUAUUAACAAAUUCUAAAACACAAGGUCAAGGCCAUGCUUUUUAUCCAAAUCCAAUUCAUUUCAAGAAUUCACCUAAUGGUACAGCAUUUUCUUUCUCCACUACCUUUGUGUUUGCUAUAAGGUCUGAUUAUGGAAAUUUGAGUGGUCAUGGACUGGUUUUCGUUAUCACACCAAAAAGAGGACUUGAAGGGGCUUUUCCUAGUCACCAUCUUGGCCUUUUUAACUCAACCAAUAAUGGAAAUAGUUCAAACCAUGUUUUUCGAGUUGAGCUUGAUACAAUCAUAAGCAAGGAAUUCAAUGAUAUUAAUGACAAUCAUGUUGGAAUUGAUAUCAAUGGAUUGGAGUCUAUAGCAGUUCAACCAGCAGGUUAUUUUGAUGAUACUGGUUUGUUUCAUAACUUGACUCUAAUUAGUGGCCAGCCAAUGCAAGUUUGGGUGGAUUAUGAUGCCAACACUCAGCAAAUUAAUGUAACAUUAGCUCCAUUAUAUGUGACAAAACCAGUUAGACCACUCUUGGUUUUGAAAUAUGAUCUUUCACCAAUUCUUGAUCAGACUAUGUAUGUUGGUUUUUCAUCAUCAACUGGUUCAGUCCCAACACAUCAUUAUAUAUUGGGAUGGAGUUUCAAGACAAAUGGAAAAGCUCAAGAACUUUCUCAACUUCCUAAUCUUCCUCGUCUUAGGCGCAAAGAGUUACCAAGAUUUUUAACAACUGGUUUGCCAAUAAUCUCUUUGGUAUCUUUAGUUAUAGCAAUUUCAGUGGUGGUUUAUUAUAUAAGAAGGAAGAAGAAAUUUCAAGAACUUCUUGAAGAUUGGGAACUUGACUAUAGACCACAGAGGUUCAAGUAUAAAGAUUUGUACACUGCUACUAAGGGAUUCAGAGAAAAGGAACUAUUGGGAGCUGGAGGAUUUGGUAAAGUUUAUAGAGGAGUGAUGCCUAUAUUAAAACUUGAGAUAGCAGUAAAGAAAAUAUCUCAAGAAUCACAACAAGGAAUGAAGGAGUUUGUUGCAGAGAUUGUAAGCAUCGGUCGUAUACAACACAGGAAUUUAGUACCACUUUUAGGAUAUUGCAGGCGAAAAGGAGAGUUGCUUUUGGUUUAUGAAUACAUGCCUAAUGGAAGUCUAGACAAGUACUUAUUUGAUCAACCAAGAUUCACCCUCAAUUGGAACCAAAGAUUCAGAGUCAUUAGAGGCGUAGCGUCAGGCCUAUUUUUCCUACACGAAGAAUGUGACCACGUAGUUGUUCAUCGAGAUAUUAAGGCUAGUAACGUCAUGUUGGAUGGUGAACUAAAUGGAAGGUUAGGAGACUUUGGCCUCGCGAGGCUAUAUGGUCAUGGAACCGAUCCUCAGUCUACUCGUGUCGUUGGUACUCUUGGUUACCUUGCACCAGAGCAUACUAGAACUGGUAGAGCAACACCUAGUAGUGAUGUAUUUUCCUUUGGGGCUUUUCUGCUUGAAGUUGCCUGUGGUAGGAGGCCGAUAGAGCCAAGACAAGACAGUGAUGAUCUGAUUUUGGUCGAUUGGGUGUUCUCGUACUGGAAUAGAGGCAAUAUUCUUCAGGCUGUUGAUCCAAACAUAGGCAUUGAUUUUGUUGAAGGGCAAGUGGAGUUGGUUUUAAAGUUAGGCUUAUUGUGCUCUCACUCAGAGCCCUCGUUUAGGCCAACCAUGCGCCAAAUCUUGUUGUUCUUGGAUGGUGUUGUGGCCUUGCCAGAGUUAUCAGCACUCGGCGUUUCAUCAGCUGGCCUAACAUUUGACCAUCGCGGUGGUUUUGAUGAUUUUGUCAUGUCAUAUCCGUUGUCUUUGGGUAAUGUACAUUCCCGCUGUCUAUCGGUAACAGAUUCCCUUCUCUCUGAAGGCCGAUGAUUCAUGAUGAUGUAUUGAGCAUGGUAAAUAUAACCUAAUUUUGGUGGAA